CAAGAGAAACCGUCCAGCUACACGUGAACGACUUAGACUACGGGAUGUCACAACUCAGAUGUCCACUUGUGGUUACCAGGACGGCGACCCCUUAAAGCCCCGGACUGCUGAACCAGGCUAUGACUGUCGCAUUGAUACUGCGGCUCAAUUAUGGGGAUUCUGUCCUACAACUGUACAAAACCCUAGCGAUUGUGGAUUAGCUGGAGCUUGCGCAGAUGGAGGAGGUACUCGCGGAUUCCUUGACGACACAUCCGUUAGCACCAUCUACUGGUGAGUUGAGGUUUCUUUACGAUAUGUGCUGUACUAUGUGUUAAUAGUUUCUCGUGUUACAGCUCAGAGACGGACUCGGACCACAGUUUUUGCUCCGUCGCCCUCAUCAUCGAUUCGGGCGAAGACCAGGCAUUUUAUUAUAUGGCCUGCGGGUCGGUGGAAACGGAUAUUACUUAUUUCCCCACGCCAACAGUCGAGGUCGAAGAACCGUCAUCGACAACAACUAGUGAAAUAAGUUCAAGUUCCGAAAGCGUACAGGAUGGCUCAGAAGCCACCCCGUCGCUAUCAUCGCACUCAAUAACGUCCACAUCCAGCCCAGGCUCAAAGUCCACAACUACAAGUGAGCAACCAUCCACGCAAUCGACAACUAACAUAGGUGCUAUCAUCGGAGGCGUGUUAGGUGGGUUGGCCCUUGUCUGCGGUACAAUAGUGGCCGUAGUUUAUAUCCUGCGACGGAACCGGCAAACACAGGACGAGGG